AUGUGCUGGACCUGUUCUCUUCAGGCCAUCUCCAUCGUGGGAGACGAGGUGUUCAGCUUCUCCAUGUCUCUGACUCCGAACGCCACCGAAGGAGCGAGUUACGCCGACACCAGCAAAAGUGACGGGCGCCUGAAGCUGAACGUGGGCUGUGUGCGCGUGGUUUACCUGCACAAGUUCAUCCUCUCUCUGCUGAACUUCUCCAAUAAUUUCCAGACGGCUAAAGCGGCGCUGAGCCAGGCCACGGUGCAGGCCGCGGAGAAGGCCGCCUCCAGCGUGAGGGACUUUGCUCAGAAGAGUUUCCGUUUGUCCAUGGACAUCAGGCUGAAGGCUCCGCUCAUCAUCAUCCCACAAGACUCCAACUCCCAUGAUGCACUGGUGAUGGACCUGGGCCUCAUCACCGUGGGCAACAGCUUCUCCCUGCAGCAGGUGGACGGAUGCCCUCUGCCCGCGGUGGUGGAUAAGAUGGAGGUCCAGCUGAGCCAACUCAAGCUGUCCAGGAGCAGCGCAGGAGAGCCGUCUGAAGGCCCCAGUGUGGAGCUGUUGGAGGCUGUGAACCUUCAGCUGAAGAUCAGGAGAAACCUGGCUCCCGCCUGGAACAAGACCAUGGCUGCAGUGGAGGUGGAGGGAGACAUGAAGCCUAUGAAGGUGGAGCUGAGCCAGUCCGACCUCAAAGUCCUGCUCCGGAUUCUGACCGACAACCUGGGAGAGGCCGAGCAGACGGAGAGCAGUGCCCCCAAACAAGAGAGCAGCAUCCAGCUGAGUGCGCCCCCUACAGAAAACGGUGAGAAGCCGCCGCCCCCCCGCGCUGAGGAGGACAAGGGGGCGGGGCCUGUGGAUACGCUCAAGUUCAAGUUCAACAUUGAAUCUCUGGGACUGGUUCUGUACAACGACGGUCCAGAGGAGGUCUCCUCCCUCCAGCACCAGGCCUCCUUGUGCCUGGCUCAGUUCGCCCUGGUCCACCUGGGAGCCUCUGGGAGCCUCCUGCAGAACGGGAGCAUGGAGCUGAAGACGGUGCUGACCUCCUGCACUCUGGACGACAUGCGCCACAGCAUGGAGCGGGUCACAUCCAGGAUGGUGGGGAGGCGUGACGAGGGCAGCCCGGAGCCCAUGCUGGACCUGAGCGUCCGCAGGAGUCAGGAGGAGAUGGAGGUGGUGGCCGUGCUGCAGGAGCUCAGUCUUUGUGCCAGUGUGGAGUUCCUCCUGGCUGUGGGAGAGUUCUUCCUCCAGGCUCUUCCUCAGGGUCAGAGCAGAACUCAGCGAGAGAGUCCAGGAGAGAAACUCCCUCUGAGACAGACCAACGAGCCCCGGGACAGCAGGAGCGGCUCCUUGGUGCGGGUGCGUGCGGUGGUGGUGGACCCUGAGGUGGUGUUUGUGGCGUCUCUGAUGAAGGCGGAUGCUCCGGCGCUCGUCCUGUCCUUUCAGUGUGACUGUUCUCUACUGACCACGACCACCGGGGGGCAGCACAUGAAGGCCAACCUGAGGGAGCUGCGGGUCCUGGCCUGCCCCUUCAUCAGGGACCAGCGCGAGGCUGCGGUCACUACGGUGCUACGUCCUUGUUCUGUGCUGCUGGAGACUGAGACUGACCCUUACAGACCUCUGAGCGGCUCAGUGACCGUGGAGGAGGUCAUUGUCAAGAUCUCCCCUGUGACCCUGAACACAGUGAUGACCAUAACAUCCGCCAUGACCUCAGUGAAGGACCAGGACGAGCGGAGCCCAGAGGCUAAACCAGAUGUGACGCAGCUGUGGUCAGUGAUGGACGUCCACAGCUGCAACCUGUGGUUCCUGGGCGUGGACCAAGGCACCGAGAUCACCGAGAGCUACAGGGAGAGCCAGGGAAGCGACCAGGGGGAGAGUUUCAGAGUGGAGGUCAAGGUGGUGCAGGUCACGCUGGACUCUGGUCUGGGUCACCGCACGGUCCCGCUGCUGUUGGCCGAGUCCUCGUUCACUGGAGAAGCUCGAAACUGGUCGUCUCUUCUGCACCUCACAGCGGACAUGACUCUGGAGGUGAAUUACUUUAACGAGCUGCACGCCGUGUGGGAGCCGCUGAUCGAGAGAGUGGAGAGUGGAUCGAGGAGGUGGACCCUGGCUCUGGAGAUGAAGAACAACCCGGUGAUGGAUCGGAGCCCGGUCCACGGCGAUGAGUUCGUGAUCCUCCCGGAGCCUCGCACCGCGGUCUCCAUCUGCUCCAAAGACACCAUGAACAUCACACUCUCCCAGAGCUGCCUGCAGGUGCUCCGCUCCCUGGCCAAGGAGUUUUCCGAAGGCACCGCGUCCACAUUCGACUUCACCCAGAGAGAGAAACCCCCCUUCACCAUCCGCAACGCUCUGGGCAUCCCUCUGAUCGUGCAGCACAGCGCCAACCUGAGGCCAGUGGAGGGAGUGCAGAAGGGCAAGCUGCACGAGCUGAAAGAGGAGCACAGCAUGGACCUGGACUACUCCACGUUCGAGCCACUGUCCAGAGGGAAACUAUCGGCUCUACAACGACAAGAGAGCUGCCUGUUCCACCUCAGCAUCGUCCCGUCCGGUUACAGUGAGAUCUCCAACAUCGCCGUGGACCGUCCCGGCAGACGCCUCUACAACGUCCGCGGCCCUGAGCUGCAGGAGGCCGUGUCCGUGCUGCUGCAGAUUGACGCUGUGGAGGGGAACAAGGUCAUCACUGUGAGGGCGCCCCUGCAGAUCAGAAACCACUUCUCCGUUCCCUUCUCCGUGCUGAGGUACUGUCCCGCCUCCAGAGACCUGCAGUCGCUGGGACAAGCCGAGCCCGAGAAGGACUUCCACAUCCCCCUGGAGGCCUACAGGUCUCAGCUCUUCGUGCGUCCAGCCGGGGCCCUGGAACCGCACUAUGGGCCGUCCCUCAGCUGUGUGUCCUGGAAAGAGCAGGUCCACCGCAGUGCAGAGGUGUCCUCUCAGCUCCAGUGUCCCGCCUCAGACCCCGGGAUGCUUCCUCUCAUGGUGAACACUGUGGCCGUCCCGGACCAGCUGCAGCACAUCGCUAACCACGGGGAGCAGGACUGGGACCCGGCCUACGUCAUCCACCUGCAGCCUGUGGCCACGCUCCGCAACCUGCUGCCCUACACUGUGCGCCACCUGCUGGAGAGCUGCGCUGACUCCUUCGAGCUCCCCGAGGGCAGCUCCUCGGACCUCCUGAAUGCUCGCAUCGGCGGUGAGAUGCUGUCGGUGGUGUUGCGGUCGUACCAGGGCCGGGACUGGCACGGACACCUGCGCAUCCAGCCCGAGCUGCCCGAGUUUGUGUGCGUGGCCCUGCAGUGCGACUCCGACCCCUCGGCGAGCGUGGACGUGAGCGUGCACGUGUCCUGCAGCUCCGGGCGCCUCCUGCUCUCUCUCUUCAGCCCGUACUGGAUCAUCAACAAAACCACGCGUGUGCUGCAGUACCGCGCUGAGGACGUGAGCGUGAAGCACGCGGCCGACAGCAGAGACAUCGUCCUCUUCUCCUUCAAGAAGAAGAGUCUGUUCAGCAAGAGCAAGCUCCAGUUGAGGAUCUCCACGAGCUCCUGGUCUGAGCCCUUUUCUCUGGACACUGUGGGGAGCUACGGCUGCGUGCGCUGUCCAAGCACCAACAUGGACUUCCUGGUUGGUGUGGGGAUCCAGAUGAGCAGCUUUAACCUGACCCGUAUCGUGAGCAUGAGUCCGUUCUUCACUGUGGUCAAUAAGACCUCGUUUGAGCUGGAGGUGGGAGAGAUCCUCGGGCCCAGCUCCGUACGCUGGCACUACAUGGCUUCAGCUGAGUGCGAGCCUCUGUGGCCUGAGAAACCCUCUGGACAGCUCUGUGUUCGCGUCGUCGGCUCAGACUUUCCCUCCAGACCCUUUUUCUUCAACAAACAGGACAGUGGGACUCUGCUCAAACUGGACCUGUGUGGGGGUAUCAUAGUGGAGACCUCCAUAGCGGACCACUCCACAGUCAUCAGUCUCAGUGAUUAUUACGAAGGUUCUGCUCCUGCUCUGAUCAUCAACCACACGCCUCAGGCCCACAUCUGCUACAGACAGAGUGGAUCUGCAGAAGCGCACGAGCUCAGACCUGGACAGGCCCAAAGGUUUGUGUGGGACGACCCCACCUCCACCCGCUCUCUGAGGUGGAGCCACCAGGGCCAGACCGGGGAACUGGACCUGCUCCAGGACGACAUGGGCCAGUUCCCCUGCGGGCCGCUGUCUCAGGUCCACUGGGUCAGUUUCCUGGAUGGGCGUCAGCGUGUUCUGCUGUUCACCGAGGACUUGGCUGUAGUGACCAAAGCUCGCCAGGCGGAGGAGCUAGAGCAGUCUGAGCAGGAAGUGAAGGUCUCUCUGCAGAACCUGGGGCUGUCACUGGUCAACAACUGCAGCCGGCAGGAGAUCGCUUACAUCGGCAUCACCAGUUCUGGUGUGGUGUGGGAGAUGAAGCCGAAGAACCGCUGGAGACCGUUCAGUCUCAAAAACAUCAGUCUUUUGGAGAAGAGCUACCAGAGCCAGCUCAGCGGGAGGGCAGAGACGGGAUGGGUACGGCUGGACGGGAACCUCGAGGUCCUCCUCAGUGGGACUAACAUGAUGAUGCGACAGCCUCAGAAGUGUCCAAUCAGGAGGAACUUCCUGUCUGGGAUCCAAGUGGAGUUUAAGAAGUCUGAGCACCAGCGAAGCCUGAGGGCCCAGCUGCACUGGCUACAGGUGGAUAACCAGCUUCCUGGAGCUAUCUUCCCGAUCGUCUUCCACCCUGUGCCUCCUCCUAAAUCCAUCGCUCUGGACUCAGAACCAAUGCCUUUCAUCGAUGUGUCCGUCAUAACCAGGUUCAACGAGCACAGCAAUGUCAUGCAGAUCAAAUACUUCAUGGCUCUGGUCCAGGAGAUGGCAGUGAAAGUGGACCAGAGCUUCCUGUCCUCCAUCUUGGCUCUGUUCACUCCGGCUGCAGACCCUCAGGCAGACACACAGAAAACGAAGUUGAUAGAGAAAGACCUGCAGAUGCUGCAGCCGGAGCUUAUGGAGGCUUCUCUCACCGACAUCACAGGACUCAGCUUCUUCGAGCACUUCCACAUCUCACCCAUCAAGCUGCACCUCAGCCUGUCCCUGGGCUCCUCAGAUGAUCCUUCUCAGGAGGUGGCUGCGGUUCAGUCUCUAAAUCUGCUCCUCAAAAGCAUUGGAGCGACUCUGACGGACGUGGACGACAUCAUCUUCAAGUUGGCGUAUUUCGAGGUGAAGUAUCAGUUCUACAGCCGAGACAAACUCAUGUGGCAGGUCGUCAGUCACUACACUGAACAGUUCCUGAAGCAGAUGUACGUCCUGGUCUUGGGUCUGGACGUCCUGGGGAACCCUUUUGGACUGAUCCGCGGUCUCUCUGAAGGCGUGGAGGCCUUCUUCUACGAGCCAAUCCAGGGCGCGGUGCAGGGUCCAGAGGAGUUCGCUGAAGGGUUGGUGAUCGGAGUGCGCAGUCUCCUCGGACACACUGUCGGUGGCGCUGCAGGGAUGGUGUCUAAGAUCACUGGCUCCGUGGGGAAGGGUCUGGCCGCCAUCACCAUGGACAAAGAGUAUCAGCAGAAACGGCGAGAGGAAAUGAACCGUCCGCCCAAAGACUUUGGAGAGAGCCUGGCCAAAGGCGGGAAGGGACUCCUGAAGGGCAUGGUGGGAGGAGUCACUGGCAUCGUCACUAAACCAAUGGAAGGGGCAAAGAAGGAGGGCGCGGCCGGCUUCUUCAAGGGCAUCGGCAAAGGUCUGGUGGGGGUCGUGGCCCGUCCCACCGGGGGCAUUGUGGACAUGGCCAGCAGCACCUUCCAAGGCAUUCAGAGAGCUGCAGAGUCCACAGAGGAGGUCACUAAACUGCGUCCAGUUCGUCUGAUCAGAGAAGACGGGAUCAUCAGGCCCUACGACCGCGAGGAGUCCAAGGGCUUCGACUUCUUCCAGCGCUCUGAGAUCAAACCUCUGGACGGAGAAGUCUUCAGAGACCUCAGUCCUUUCCCUGGACACCGUAAGACCAGCAUCAUCAUCACCAACAGGCGUGUGUUGUGUGUGAAGGAGCUGGACUUUGUGAAUCACUUUAACAAAGAGUGGGAGUGUCUGUACGAGAACUUCAUCAGACCCCCUGAGGUGAAGGGGGCGGAGCUACGGAUCUACUGCAAGGAGACAAUGAAGUUGAAGCUGCAGUGGAAAGACGGACAGGACCCAGGAAGAACAGUGCAGCUCAAAGACCCUAAUGUGGCCCAGAAGUUGCACAGAUCCAUCUGUGAAGGAAGGACGUCUCAGCAGCAGCACCGAAUGUCCAGACAGAGGUCCACACGCUUCCUCAAGAAACAGUGA